GCGAGGUGUGCACCUCUCCGGCGCCGGCUCCUGCAGCGCGCGGGGCUUCCCCUCGGGCCUGGGUCUGUGCUCCGUGCCCGCGCGGGCACAGGUCUCCUACACGCGGGGCCCGCAGCGGCGCCGCUUCCCCGCCGAGCAUGGGGCUGCCUCGGAGAGCGGGGGACCCGGCGGAGCUGCGCAAGAGCCUGAAACCGCUGCUGGAGAAGCGCCGCCGCGCGCGCAUCAACGCAAGCCUGAGGCAGCUCAAGGGGCUCAUCCUGCCGCUGCUGGGCAGGGAGAGCUCCCACUACUCGAAGCUGGAGAAGGCGGACAUCCUGGAAAUGACCGUGCGCUUCCUGCAGGAGCUGCCUGCGUCCUCCUGCGCGGCCACAGCGCCUACGCCCUCGGACAGCUACGGUGAGGGCUACCGCGCCUGCCUGGCACGUCUGGCCCGCGUGCUGCCCGCCUGCCGCGUCCUGGAGCCCGCCGUGAGCGCCCGCCUGCUGGAGCACCUGCGGCGGAGGGCGGCCGGCGCCACCCCCGACGGUGCGCGCGCUGGGGACUCCUGUGGCGCGGCCGCGCCUUCCCCGCCGCCCGCACCUGCGCCUGCGCCGCCUGCGCCUCCCCGCGGCCCCGGCCUCUGGAGGCCCUGGUAGCCCCCUCGCCAGGCCACGGACCCCGCUGACUGCAAGAGACCGAGAGCGCCAGGCAGACUGAGGAAACUCGUGGUGCCGGCUGCUCUUUCCGCACGGGGGACCAGCUCAGCACCCACCCCCAGGCUGGAACCCCGAUGUUUGUGAUCUGUGUGGCCGACUGAAGGCGGUGGGGGCUCAGCUCGAGGAAAUAAGGAGAGCAGCCUAACCUCUUGCGUGUGUCUGGGCUGGAGAACGGGGCAGGGGGCUGCAGGGGAGGAAGGAGCUCCCCUCCUCAGCUGCUGGAAGUGGCUCUAGAACUGGGCCCCAGCACUGGCACCAGCCCAAAGGCUGCAACAGGAGCUCACCGGAGCCGGGUGCAGUCCUCUAUUCUGACUGGUCGCUGCCUCCUUACAGCUCAGCCUGGGCACCUCUGGACACGCAAGAGCAAUGGCCUGAGGGGCUCUGCGGGCUGGGCAGCCAUCACCCCGACUCCUGGGCUCUCCUGUCCUGCACUUGCAUUGAUAGGGACAGGGUGCAGCCAGGGCUAGGACUCUGUGUUGCUGGGGGUGAAGGCAUGGUAAGAUGGCCUUGGGAAGGACUUAUUUCCCCAAGCAUUCAGUGACCACCUAUGUACCACACACCAGUCUAGGGGGCCUUGGGGUAUGCGGAAGGGGUGGGAUAAGAAGGGUGCCCUGUGGCCUCAAGGAAGCUUGAGUCAGUGCCAGUGUGAGGUGAGCAGGCCUAUGUCCUGGAGCGGCAGAAAUUCCAUUUACUUGCAGAUAACAGCAAGUAAAGGAACAGGAAACACCUUUCCUGUCAGGACAGGUUACCGGAAGCCACUUGUUUCUCAGACUUCUUUUCCCUCUGCCCAGAAGCAAGGGGAGUCUGAGGAGACUCAGGGAAGGGCGUGUGGCCCCCAGGCUUGGGUGCCCAGGAGAAGGCAGGGGCACCUGCGGCCUGCUGGUCACGCUCCUGGUUCACGGGGCUUCGCUGAGCACUCCAGGGAGGUUGGGACUCCCAACAGUCCCCAGUCCAACAUCCUGAGCAAGGGACCAGGGCACUAGGGACAAGAGGAACUGAUGGGGUGGGGGUGUUCGCCAGAUCCAAGUAUGUCACAAAAACCCCUGGUGACCUGGGCACUGAUUUGGGUGGCCAGAUGUGGGACGCUGUGGGCGUUAUCGAAGGAGUCAAUGUUAAGACAGCAGGGGAGCCCCCAGCAAGGUGUGCUGUCCUUUGUCCUCGCAGACCCAGCUGGCUGGACUGUAAGCUCCUGGAGGGCAGGGCUAGGGCUGAGCCUACCUCUGUGUCCCCACGGAACUCAGCACAUGGUAGCUGCUCAAUAAAUAUCGUGAGCUAACAAACAGGUGAUGUUGCUGGACCAUAGCUGUAUUGAACCCUUUUGCCACAACUCCCACCCCCAGGCCCUAAUGUCACUUUGAAACUCUUUUCCACCAAAGCCUGUGUAUCCGGAGGACAAAUGUGGGGGAGGGUGGGGAGAGCAGAGAGAGCAGUGUCUGCUUGCUUCCUUGCUUCCCCCAUUCCUGAGAAUGUGAGCCUGCUCUCCUGAGCUGCCUGGAGCAAGUGGGGGAGGGACAGGUAACCUACACGCCCACACCCACCACAGAAGGUCAAGUUUCCUCUCUGGGGUGAAGGACUCCGCCUUGGGCACACACUGAGCAGGCUCCUUUUUUCCCUAAUAAAUAAGAGCUUUCCAUACAGGUUUGAACUCUGUAAGAACUGAUCCACCAGAGGCCCCUUUCCUCCUUUGGGUCAUAUUUGCCUCUUCUUGCUUCUGAGCCCCUGACUCCAAUCAAGCUGUAUUACAAGCAGUCAGGGAGGAUGGGAGUGUAGACAGGGCAGUGACUCAGGAUCAGGCGUUCCAGGGAACCUGAACCAGGGGGCCCCCCGGGCCCUGGUAGGGAGCUGAGGCAUGCCCAGGUGGGUGAGGUUCUGGGCUGGCAGCGAGAAGCCGGUUUCCCAGCAGGGAUGGGCAAAGAGCUGCCCAGAAGUUCUGAGCUGGGCUUAUGAAAUAGGGAGAACACCGGCCUCCUCCACGGGACGCCUGAAAGCACCUCCCCAGGUGUCCUGAAGGCGAGUCCAGGGCAGUGCAGGCUUUUUCUAUGUGGGAGGGAGGCUGCCUCACUUGGGGGCAUUUCGUGAGCUUUAACAAGGCCCACAUUGUGCCCGUUGGCCAGCUCUUAUGAUGCCCUCUGCUCUGGUCCCAUGACUGAAUCUAACUCUCGAACUCUGUCUGGUUAUCACGCUUGGUUGGAGAAAAGGCUCCUGUGUCUCUCAUAAACCUGUGGGUGAAAUGAUCCAAUGACCAGAGCACUGAGCUGUCUGGGAAACUCAGGCUGGGGCCAAACCCCACGUGCCCCCCCGGCACCAGUUAAUUUGGAAAGGUCAAAUCUCAGCUUCCAUGAGUGAGGAUAAAGAGCAGGUUGCCAAGGAGGACUCCUUUAAUAAACAUUUGCAAAUUGCUCUUCUCUGCCUGUGACUACCAGACUCUGCCAGUGAGUCUCCCACUUGUUUCCCUGUAAUAGGAUCAGAAGGAACAUAGCCUGUGGGGAAUGUCUGGAAAAAUGUGCGGCUCUGCAGAACCCCCCUCCCCGUCAUGCUUUGGGAUGACCACGCUGGAGACAGCGAUGGGACAGAGGGAGCUUCCCCAUCAUGUGCAGCUACCUCCUACUUGAAAUAUCAACAUGCGGCCGUAUUUACUUAUUAAAAACACACCAGGUUGCUAUAGAUGUCCCAGAGAAGAGCUAACCCAGCCAAUGAUGUUUUUUCCCUGGGUUUUACUUCGUGCCUGGCUGCUUACCAGUGUGGCUGUGUCUCAGGGUACUGACCGAGUACCUGGGUGUGCGUGUGUGUGUGUGUGCGUGUGCGUGUGCGUGUGCAUGUGUGUCCCUGCACAGCCAGGUGACUGCCCUGCAGGGAGCUGCCUGGGCAUGUGAUAUGGAGGAGAAGGCUGCCACCCACUGAGGGUUCCCAGUGAGCAACUAGUUUCACUCUGGGUUUUGAGAGGGCCUGGCAAAGCCCCAGGCGCUUCAGGCAGCUAUAAUGAAACUUUGAAUGGUUUCAGGGGCGUGAGAAAGGCACUUAAUGGGCACGCCCAACGUGCACGUGUGGUGUCUUGUCACUGAGAUCCAUUGUAGGGCAGGAGGGAGCAGGGGUCCAUUGGCUGGUCACAGGAGCCUGCUUUGGGAGGCAGGGUUCCCUGGCCUGCGGGUUAAGAAAGGGGAUUCCAAUCUGAAUGUGUGCCCGCUGCUGGUUCUCUGGUGGAGGCUGGGUCCAGAGCCACCUGCCAUGGUGUUUGGUAUAUUACAAACCUGAGGGAGAAUGGAGCCAAGUUCUUAAAGAACAAAGAACCACUCUAGACCUCAGAAAUCAGAGGCAGAUCCAGGUUUUGUGUGGAUACAUUCUAAUAUAAAAUUAUGAAUACAGACUUGGUGUGAAAAUAAAUAUUCAGAGUGAAAAAGUAAGUCACAUCAAGCUAGUGGUGCUUGCAGAUUGAUGUCUAUGCUUUUGGUUUCUCUUUAAGCAAUUCAUCAGACACACUUCCUGGUGACAACCCUGGCCUUUCCUCUGUUCCAGAACAUUCUACCACGUUAUGCCCUUGCUUGGGAGCAGAUCCGAGCUUAAGCUUCAUCAGUCUCCUGGUAAAUUCAGAAUGGACGCUCAAUGCUCAAAUUUAAGAGUCCAGAAUGCUCAAAUGAUAAUAACAAGGUAAAUGCCUUCCAUUUGCUGCACCCAUUCAUUACAGGCUAUUAUAUUACAGGAUAUAUAUUUACACAAACAUUUACUGCAUUUAUGACACUUUUUUUCUUUACCUCUUUCUGGGAAGCUUGUGAAAAGCAGAUUUCCAGGUCCCACCUCCGAGGGUUCUGAUUCCCUGUGUCUGAGUCGAUAGCCUCACCAUACACCUGAGGCCAGGUUAGUCUGCUCUAACAAAGACACCGCCUCUGAAGAUGGUGGGUGCCAAGGGCUGGGGGAAGGGAAGAGGGAGGUAGUGUUCAGUGGAGACAGAGAUCCACUUUUCAAGAUAAAGAGUCUUGGGGAUAGGUGGUGUUGGUGGUUACCUUAAUAAGGUGAAUGUACGGGGCACCUGGGUGGCUCCGUCGGUUAAGCGGCUGCCUUCGGGCCAGGUCAUGAUCCCAGGGUCCUGGGAUCGA